AUGCUGUUUGUGCAAACGGUCAGCUCGGGUCUGGGCUUCUACAAUAUGUCUGUGUAUAUGGCGGAGUUUGCCGAACUGCUCGCCUUGCCACUGUCGAGAUUAUCGUUUGCGGUCAGCCUGUUUUUUAUUGUUGGCGGCGCUGCCGGUAUGUUUGUUGCCUCACUGUUGGAUCGAUUUGAAGUUCGUUGGAUCAUGGUUGCUGGGGCUUUGAUUUCAGCCGUGGCGUUGGCAGCGGUGGGACAGGCUGAAUCACUCUGGCAGAUCUACGUGCUGUUUUCGCUGUUUGGCCUGGGCUCAACCGGGGUUUCGCUGGUGGUCGCAACCACCCUGGUGACCCGCUGGUUUCCGGGCCCUAAUCGCUCGGUUGCUUUGUCCAUUGCCUCCACCGGCCUGUCUCUAGGCGGCGUACUGGUGACGCCAGCAACCGCCUACCUGUUUAAUACCUGGGGGGUGCCGCAGACCAUGCCCUGGCUUGGUCUUGCGUUUGCGGGACUGAUCAUUCCGGUAGCAUUGUGGGUGGUGCGCAUGCCCGACGCCCCAGUGGUUGGCGGGUCCGCUCUGCCGGCUGGCGAGUGGACUUAUCGAGCCGCCAUCCGGACGCGUUUUUUUAUCAUGCUGGCCAUUGGUUAUGUGUUCUGUCUGGGUGCCCAGGUAGGUGGCAUUGCACAUCUAUACAAUCGAGUUGAUGAACUUGCCGGCUUUCAAUCUGCAGCCAGCGCCGUUCAGGCGCUGACACUGUGCAGUAUUAUGGGCCGCUUCGCGGGGGGCUGGCUGGUGAUGCGAUUACCAAUACGUAGUUUUGCGGUAGUGAAUCUGUUUGUGCAGAUGACGGGAUUGCUCACCAUCGGACUGGCGAGCAGUGCAGAGAUUGCGCUCCUGGGAGCGGCUGUUUUUGGCGUCAGUGUGGGUAAUCUGCUGAUGAUCCAGCCACUCUGGCUGGCGGAAGCUUUUCCCGGCUCUGUCUACCCACGGGUGUUUGCCCUGGCUAAUGCGUGUGCGGUUGCCGGUGUAUCCAUGGGGCCUUUUGUCCUCGGGCUGGCUUAUGAUCAUGCCAAUUACAGUGUCGCUUACAGUGUGGCCAUGGCUGUAUCGGUGCUGGCGCUUAUUUUCAUUGUGUUGGCAGGAAAACGCCCGCAGCCUGCGGCACUGCCGUUCAGCAUGCCUGGCGAGGGGAAGUUACCCAGCCUUGCUGACAUGCUCGAAAACGUUAAUCCAGCCGUGGUGAACAUUGCGACCUAUACAACGGUCUCAUCAUCCAACCCGUUGCUCGAAGACCCGUUUUUCAGGCGGUUUUUUAAUGUGCCGCGAGGGCGCCGCACCCAGAGUGCCGGCUCCGGUGUCAUUGUUGACGCGCAACGUGGCUACAUUGUGACCAAUGACCAUGUGGUUGGCAGGGCUGACGAAAUAUCGGUUGGUCUGGCUGAUGGUCGUGUGAUGCAGGCUCAGCUGGUGGGUCGAGACAGUCAGGUCGAUCUGGCUGUGCUGAAAGUAGACCCCGAAGACCUUGCCGAAAUCAGCAUUGCGAAUAGUGCAGAUCUGCGGGUGGGCGACUUUGUUGUGGCUAUCGGCAAUCCGUUUGGACUCACGCAGACUGUGACCAGCGGCAUUGUCAGUGCUCUGGGUCGAAGUGGACUGGGCAUAGAAGGUUAUGAGGACUUCAUUCAAACAGAUGCGCCUAUUAAUCCAGGUAAUUCAGGCGGCGCGCUGGUCGAUCUGAACGGCCAUCUGAUCGGCAUCAAUACAGCUAUUCUUGCGCCAACGGGCAGUAAUGUAGGUAUCGGGUUUGCCAUUCCAUCCAAUAUGGUGCGCGCGGUAAUGGAGCAGAUUAUUGAAAACGGAGAGGUAAAGAGAGGCCUCAUCGGGGUCAUUGUACAGCGGCUGAAUGCGGAUCUGGCUCAGGCUUUUGGCGUUGAUCGUCGCUCUGGUGUGGUUGUGGUAGAGGUUGAACCGGACAGCCCGGCAGACGAAGCCGGCUUGCAGGCUGGCGAUAUCAUCACCCGCGUGGGUGAACGGGUCAUCGAAAAAAUAUCUGAUUUUCACAGUCAGGCAGCGGUGAUGUUCAUUGGUGAUGAUGUCGCCAUUGAACUGAUCAGAAACGGCCGUACCCGCAGCGUAGACCUGGAGAUCAAAGAAAAUACGCAACAGAGUGCCCUGGGCCGGCGUAUCGAUCCGCGCCUGGCCGGUAUAGAACUGGAGAACUUCAUGAACCCGGAUGAACCCGGCAUGAGUUCCGGUGUUUUGACCACAAGCGUUGAGCCGCGGAGCAAAGCGCAUGCUUACGGUUUGCGUGCGGGUGAUGUCAUAGUUGGGGUGAACAGACGAACAGUGCGUGAUCUGGCUGAAUUCCGCGAUGCGGUUCUGCUUGACCCGCGUCAGAUCGUGAUGCGUGUAUAUCGGAACGGCAGAUUUGGUAAUGUUGUGAUUCGCUGA